UUUGCCGUGAGAAUAUUGGUGCUGUAAUUUAUUUUUGAAUGUUUUGAUAAUUAAAUCUUAAAUAUCUAAAGGUAAAGUUUGUAAUGUAUAGUUAUGAGUAAGCCAAUUUAUGCUUAUAAACGCAAUAAGUGAAGCCCAUUCGUAUCAACGCAGGCUCCAUUGAGGGUUAAGCGAAUAAUUUCUAUCUGAUUAUGGUGAUAUUGAAUACGAUAUAAUAUCAGAGUUUGGUUUAGGCGUGUUUAUAAAUAAUCGCCAUUUUUGUAAUGUUUUCAAACGGUCUUCCGUGUAACCUGCCAUUUCCAAGUUGUUUGGGCAUUCCUAAAGAUAGCGGCAGUGACGAAUUGUUGCCAGUCAACAUGACCAACCGUGAGCCUGUUAUAUUAAAUGUUUACGAUAUGUAUUGGAUCAACGAAUAUACAACUUCCAUUGGACUUGGAGUAUUUCACUCUGGCGUCGAAAUAUUUGGAACAGAAUUUGCGUAUGGGGGUCAUCCUUUUCCUUUUACAGGUGUUUUUGAAAUAACUCCACGUGAUCACGACGAACUUGGAGAGCAAUUUCAAUUCCGUCAAAGUAUACAAAUUGGUUGCACUGAUUUUACAUACGAAGAAAUUCGACGCAUUGUGGAAGAAUUAGGAAAUCAGUUUAGAGGUGAUCGUUAUCAUCUUAUGAAUAAUAACUGCAACCAUUUCUCAAGCUCUCUAACACAAAUAUUAUGUGGCCAAGAAAUACCCAGUUGGGUAAAUCGACUAGCGCAUUUUAGCUCUUGUGUGCCAUUCUUGCAAAGAUGUUUGCCAAAAGAAUGGUUAACGCCAAAUGCCUUGCAGCAGAGUAUAACUGCAUUACAAGAUCGAGAUGAAUCUGAUACCAGUCCGCUUUGAGUGACUUCAAAAAUUAUUCACAACUCGCAAAAUUUUAUUAAAAAUUUGAGUAUGAUAUUUUAGAGCGUAAUACCGUUAGUCCUUCAAUAUAUAUUAUUAAGUUAAGUAAAUUAAAAUUAUUAAUUGUAAAUUUAAAUUAUUUACUAUAU